UCUGAAGGAUAGACGAGAUGCAGGCAAAAAUUGAGAAAUGGACGGAGUUGAUCCAGUUGGGAAAAUUGCAAGAUGUGUCGGAAGAUAUUCAGAUGACUAUCCGCGUACAAUCCAACGGUAAACUCAAUGACGGUUUAUUUAAAUUACUACUACGCUUAUGUUGCAUGGCAGAUAAAUAUAACAAAUGUAAUAAACAGAACUGCGAGACUGGAAAGAGUAUUGCUGUAUUAGCUAAAUUACUUUGUUCAUUGCUGAUCAAAGUACCUGAUGACAACAACUUUGUCAAAGCUGUAUUUAAAAUUGUUCAGUGUUUAAUUUCUUUUAACUUAUACGAGGACGCGGCAGAGAUCUGUUGUUAUUUAAAACCAGGCAAUUUGUAUAAUCCCCAAGAUAACACUAUGAAUCUUGUGAUAAAAGUAUUAUCCUUAUGGCGUGUUUUAGUUAACAAUGUAUAUAUUACUCUUACAAAUGAGUCAUUCAACACAGAGAAUUAUAAUAAGCUGAAAAGUGUCCUGAAGUAUGAAAUGGAAAUGAUGCAGAUAGCAUAUAAAAAUUAUACAAAACAUUUAAUUAUGGAGAUAAGUAUAUACUUGGAUAGAAUAGCAACAAUUGAUAAAGACACGAAAUAUUUUGAUGACUUUUGUAAAUAUAUAUUGGAAUACUUGUCAGGGUUGCAGUUGUAUUUAGACAAGGAUGAGAAAUAUUUAAUAUAUCGUUAUAUAAUUCAUAUCAUGUGUCAUGUAAUAUGUAAGACUGUUAAUACAACUCGUAUCAAAUCUACAGUAGCAACAUUAGAUGAAUUAUCUAAUUAUUUUGAGACUCUUGUGGCAGAAGACGAGGAAUGCUACCAAUCUUUUCAGCAAUUUCGAAGCUUGUGUAUGAAUCUUCUAGUGCCAAUAAAAAAUCUUGUCCAGAAUAAUGCCAAAAAUGUACAAAAUAUUAUUUAUUGUAACUUGAAUAUUAUGCAAAAAUAUGGAUAUGAAAGUAUUAAAUGGAAUGCACUCUCUAUUGCAGAGAUAGUUGAACCAAUGUUUACGUACUGGGAAAAAUGUGUGGAAACUGAUAAACACGUACUCAAGAACUUGCUUGAUACUGGCAUCUUGCUGGAACUAAUGAAUUUAUUUGUACAAAUACAUGUAGAUGAAUUUUAUGUCAAGCAAGUGUCAAUCAAAUGCAAAUGGUGCCAAGACAAAUUGUGCACAGUUAAGAGGGAUUUAUACAAUGCUAUAGUAAUGAAAUUUAGAUGUAUUAGUUUAUUAUGUAAAUUUCCUGUUAAAACUUUGCCGGCUGAUGUGUGUGCUCUUAGCAGAAAAAUUUUAAAACAGAAUGUCGAAUCAAUUAUUCGUGAAAUGAAAGAAACCAAAUGUGAGCGUUGGACGCAAUCAUGGAAUACUUGUCGUAAUUUAAUUUAUAACAUAGGUGUGCUGUCUGAACAUGUGUACGAAGAAAGCGUAAAUCUGUUCUCCUUUUUAUGUACUUCCAUUUUUCAACUUGAAUUAAUUGAAUCAAAUUCUAUAUAUUCUAAAAAUUCCCAAAACUGUGAAAAUAUUCUUUCUUUUGCAUUACACAGAUUAAGUGUCAUAUAUUACAAUAAUAAUAUGUAUAGGAAAGCCAUGACAGUAUGUGCAUUGAAUGCUUUGUUAACUUAUAAUCAAUUGAAUACAAAAGCUUUUCGUACAUGGAUAAAUAUUAAGAAAAAUACUUCUGAAGAAAUUGCAAACUUAACUAUGCUAGACUGCUUGACAAAUGAUAAAGACGAGAUAAAGGAUGAACUGGGAUUUUCACUCGAUAUUUCCAAGUAUGACUGUACUGAAUUGUGUUUAAGUGAAGUAAAAAAUUUGCUAGAGGAACAGAUCACAUUUACAAAUGGUGUGGCAGCAGUUUUAGAAAAACUUAGAAAGCUACAGCCAAGUAAUCAAUAUGCACACACGGUGCAAUUAUUAGGAUAUUAUUUCUUAGGUUUCACACCACAUGACAGCUCUAUUCUGAAAUAUCAUGAGCAAGCUAUAUGUGAUUUAAAGCAAGAUAAGUCAAAUUCUGUGGCUGUUCUGUGCUUGGAAACUAACUUAAACCUUUUUAUGUUUGUGGAGGAGUUGUAUAUAAUGAAUAAGCAAACUCAGAUGGAAAUGGAAAGUACAAAAUUUGCUUUAUGUGCUCCCAAGUUACGAGAACUAGCCGAAACCAAUUCUCCAAAUGUAGUGCCUGCUUAUACUAUGAUAAACGCUAAAAAAGAUACCAAUCUUAUGUUGUGUCUACAAAAAUGUAUACAAAAGUGGAAGCAACUAUUUAAGUACCAUUUUAAAAAAAUUGUCAAGAAUUGGGAACCUAAUCUUAUACUUCGCAUGCUGAUAACAGCUGGUGAAUAUGCUCGAUUAUAUCGGUAUGAACAUUGUGAAGCUGAAGUAUGGACUUUGGCAUAUAAGUUAGCAUCAGAAAUGAAUGAUUAUACAACUAUUUAUAUCACAAGUCGUUGUAUAUCAUUAAGACAAGUCAAUUACGAUUGGAUUACUACUGCUAAGGAACAUAUCAUAAAUCAUAGAAAUUCUAAGGACGAAAAUGUAAUUGGCUCCAUUGCUAUCUUUUGGAUAAGUUUAGCAGACCUUUAUUUUGAAUGUGGAAAGUAUGAUGAUGCUAAGCAAUUACUUAUUGAAGCUAGGAGUCUUUCAGGAAUUUCAUUUCUUGCUAAUAGAACCGUGUAUUUGUUAAGUUUAGAUGUCAUCAUACGCAAUAGUCAUUUUUAUAUAGAUAAUAUGCAGCAUGAGAAUUAUGGUUCAUAUAUUGUGGAAAGUUUAUUGGCAGUAAGAACCUUAAAUCAAGAUCUGUUGUCGAAAAAAUGGACAAAUCGAUCAACGUAUCUUUUUAGUUACGAUACACUUUUCACUAUGGCAGUUAAUUUGUCCGUAAGGAUAAACAGUCUAUUAUCUUUUCGUGGUAUUUGUCCGGAUCUAGUAUUACUCUUAAAGUCGGCACAGAGCUUAAAUGCGAUGAUACGCACUGCCGAACUAUUGAAAUCGUUAUGUUACAUCGAUUUGUCGCGUUUACAACUGGAGGAUUGCGAAGUGAAGUUACAAGGACUUGAACACAUGUUGAACAUCGAGACGUUUCAAUUAUCGAUGGAGUCUAAACCCGUUGAAACACCGUUCGUUCAACUCCCAGUGACUCCCACGAAGAUUGUAGAUCCUGUCAGAGAUACGCCUCAGUAUGGCGCUUCCCCAGUGCUCGGCAAGAAAAUAUUUGAUCCGCCAAAAUUCACAUCACAUAUGAAUUGCGAUUGCUACAAGUGUAGCAACGUUUCGUAUCAGUACUUGGUAUUUGCUACCACUUAUAUCAGAGCGCAGUUAUAUGCCUUGCAGAAUCAUACCGUGGCAGCACUCGAUCAUUUCCAUGGCGCUUUUCAAUUAAGGCAAAGACUAUUCAAAGAAGAAAAACCAGUUCUACCCAAAAACUGGCCUUAUGAUGAAAUUGAUAUAAAGCGAUUCUCUUGGCAAACUCGUUAUAUAACUGAUUAUAUACAGCUAUUAAUUGAUUUCUGUUAUUUUCUGAAAGCAAAAAUAACGUCAUCGAGACAAGAGGAUGUAUUCGAUAUUGCCAAUUUAGCUAUCAAUGUAUGCUACAAAUAUAAAUUGCAGGGACAUCCUAUUUAUAUAACAGCUAAGGAAUUAGUACUUGAUAAUGAAUUCCAGCCGGUAUUGGACUCUUCAGACUUAAAGUUUACGGUUCCGCCGCCACACGAAAUUGAUAUAAGUGAUCAUGCAAAAAUCCCAAUUGAUCCAAGCGUUUGUGUUACGCCAUGCGCUCCGAAGCAUCGUGCCAAGAAACCUGUUUCAGUUCGACGUAAAAAGAACGCAACAGCUUUAAAGAUACCUAAAAUUAAUUUGAUUUGGAGUGAUGAUGAAGACGACAAUAGUAUAUCACCACCACUUGCCACGAAAUAGAAACGAAUAUAAAAUCCAA